AUGGAAGUGUUAUUCUACUUUUUGAACUGGACAGCCUCAUUCUCACAUAUCGAUGAAGAGACAGGUUCUAAGAUGGAUGCACACAACCUGGCUACUGUUAUCACCCCAAAUAUUCUCUAUAUUAAAGAGGGUGGUCACGAACAAGGAGACGCGUACUUUUUGUCUAUCGAAUCUGUCAACACUCUGAUCGAGGAACAGAGCAGGUUUGCAGAGGUUCCCGUCGAAGUCCAGGUGAUCUACAGAGAGAGUGGGCUAGCAAAUGCAAGUGCUGAUAUAACAUCGAAAGAUGUUAUCAGCAAGGUAGAAGCCUGUAUCAAACAGAUUGGAGGGGUCGACGCAGUUGUGGUAAAUAACAGCACUAGCCCGUCGUCGGGAAGCACGACCCCACAGAACCUCGAAGAGCCACAUCGUCCACUACCAAUUCGUGUGAACACUUCGGACAUUGCAGCUCUGCCUGUUCCUGGACAAGAAGCUUCGAUAAAACGUGUUAAUAAGACCGAAAUGAGCCCUGUUUCACCAUGA